AAGCAUAGGCCGAGGCCAGGGUCGGGCCCACAUUUUUCUGUUGGGUAUGGACAGAAGAGAGGGUGGCUGAACAAGGUUCGGGGGAGCGGAAAGUUGGGACCCAAGCACUGUGAGGCGUGGCCAACUGCGUCACGGUGCUCAAUCGACUGUCCUUAGAAACCCGCCAUCCCUCCUCUCCCGUUUCUCACCUUCCUUCGCGGCAUUGCCGGCGGCUGCGGCCCGACGGUUCCGAUUCGGGCAGCGGCAGCAGCAGCAGGAACGGUGGCUCCGGCGGGCUCCGUGGCGGCCUCUGUAUCAGUCCCAAUCCUGCGGACGAUCCCUAGUGCCUCCUGCCUCUCAGCGUCUGGAGCGUUCUGCGCAGGCGCCGCGGGCUGAAGCGCUUUUUCCUUCACUUCCGGCUGGGUCUCGCGUCACCUGACGUUACGGGCCAGAGAGGGUGCUGGGAAGUUCGAUCCUUUUGGUGAAGCUAGUGGGCGCCAUUUUGAAGUUGGGCAGAAAGUGACUCCAGUGGUGGAACCCGGAGCCAACCAUUUUUAGUUACAUUGUCCUCUUCAUGGAAAAGAGUACGGCAUUUCUUCAAUCAAUUAAAAAAACAGUUCAAAUGUCAGAUCUUGAAGUAAAUCCUUCAAAACUGCAAGAGUACACUCUUUGCAAAGAAAACCUUUCUUCGCCAGCGUCCCAUGCUCGGUGGCCCCAGAAAAGUCAGUGUGUAGGCCUCAGCCACUUCAGGUCCGGCGUACAUUCUCCCUGGACACCAUCCUCAGCUCCUACCUUCUGGGCCAGUGGCCACGAGAUGCUGAUGGGGCCUUCACCUGCUGCACCAAUGACAAGGCCACCCAGACGCCCCUGUCCUGGCAAGAGCUAGAAGGUGAGCGUGCCAGUUCCUGUGCACACAAGCGCUCAGCAUCCUGGGGCAGCACAGACCACCGAAAAGAGAUUUCCAAGUUGAAGCAACAACUGCAGAGGACAAAGCUGAGCCGCAGUGGGAAAGAGAAGGAGCGAGGUUCACCACUCCCAGGGGACCACGCAGUGCGGGGAGCACUGAGGGCGUCCCCUCCCAGCUUCCCCUCAGGGUCCCCUGUCUUGCGACUCAGCCCCUGCCUGCACAGGAGCCUGGAAGGGCUCAACCAAGAGCUGGAGGAGGUGUUUGUGAAGGAGCAGGGAGAAGAGGAGCUGCUGAGGAUCCUUGAUAUCCCUGAUGGGCACCGGGCCCCAGCUCCUCCCCAGAGUGGCAGCUGUGAUCAUCCCCUCCUCCUCCUGGAGCCUGGCAACCUUGCCAGCUCUCCUUCCAUGUCCUUGGCAUCUCCCCAGCCUUGUGGCCUGGCCAGUCAUGAGGAACAUCGGGGUGCCGCCGAGGAGCUGGCAUCCACCCCCAACGACAAAGCCUCCUCUCCAGGACACCCAGCCUUUCUUGAAGAUGGCAGCCCAUCUCCAGUCCUUGCCUUUGCUGCCUCCCCUCGGCCUAAUCAUAGCUACGUCUUCAAACGGGAGCCCCCAGAAGGCUGUGAGAAAGUGCGUGUGUUUGAAGAAGCCACGUCCCCAGGUCCUGACCUGGCCUUCCUGACUUCCUGUCCUGACAAGAACAAAGUCCAUUUCAACCCGACCGGCUCAGCCUUCUGCCCCGUCAACCUGAUGAAGCCCCUCUUCCCCGGCAUGGGCUUCAUCUUCCGUAACUGCCCCUCAAACCCGGGAUCUCCCCUUCCCCCGGCCAGCCCCAGGCCACCACCUCGGAAGGAUCCGGAGGCCUCCAAGGCCUCCCCACUGCCAUUCGAGCCAUGGCAGCGCACCCCACCAUCAGAAGAGCCUGUGCUUUUCCAGAGCUCCCUGAUGGUCUGAGGGUCCCACCCCUGCCCCACUUUACCAUAGAGACCAGUGCCUUGGUGGCAGGUCCCUCCCCAGGUCCCCUGAGAUGGGGUAUGGAGGGGCCCUUCCCUCUCGGCCUUCGAGCACUUUCUUUCACUUACUGUGUCAAAGCCCUGGGUCCUCUUUUUGAUGGGCACCGGCCCCUCUGAACGUGAUGGGACCUGCCUUCUCCACUAGUAGCUGGGCAGCUCACAAUUCACACCUGUGUACCUGCCACAUCCCUCACUUGGUGGAAAACACCCAGAAGGUCUUGAGUCCCCCACCCCCGGGUGUCAGUCCAAAUGACUGUAUAGGAGGCCCUUAUUUUUGUCACAGAGCAAGCUGGCCAUGAACGAAGGAGAGAAGACGCCACAGAUUUCCUUCCCUCUCCUCCAGGAGACCAUAAGAUAGAUCCCCCAUCCUCUCAGCCCUAUCCCCACGCCUCCCUCUCAUUGGAGGAGCUGACCAAAGCAGCCCUAACGGGCCAUGACACUUGACCAAUUCAGCUGCUGGCAGAGGGAGGAAACAAGUGUUUUCCCAAGUGGCAUUUUCAUCUCGCUUUCACCCUGACUAAAGAUUGUCUUAAGUAGCAGCCCAGCCCGCCCAGCCCCAGGUGGGUAGUGGGGAGGAGAGCUGGCAUUCCUCCAGGUGGCAAAUGGCGACUCUAUACUCUCCGCCCACCCCAGGGCUGGAUGGAUUAGAAAAAUGCCUAUUUUUCUUGUAUCGAUGUAGAGACUCUAUUUUCUCCCAAAGACACUAUUUUUGCAGCUGUUUGAAGUUUGUAUAUUUUCCGUAUUGCAGAGCUUACACAAAAUUGAAGAAUGUUAAUGUUCGAGUUUUCUUAUCUUGUGUUUAGAGGUUGUUUUUUUGCAGAUCUUGGUGUUAAUAGACCAAAUAAAUAAAUAAAUAUUCCCAGCA